AUGGAAAAAGAUAAUGAUAACAUAACACACGUAGUUUGUCGCCAGACGUUCGAAGAACUAAAUAAGGUUAUCAAGAACGUGGAGAAAUGGAAAAAAGUGGAUGUGGGCAACUUCAGAAUGGACGCAGAGGGCAACACCAUGCAGCAGAAGGUGCCCGCGCAUCGCUCCGCCGUCUACAUCUCUGAGCUCAUUGACAGCAUUUGCAAGAAGAUGGACGACUACGUUCGCGUGUACUACAAGUCCACGGGCAAGCUGGCCAUCAUGCAGCUGGUGACGGAGGAGGGCGGCAUGAACCCCGAGUUCAGUAAGACCAAGUUCGUCACCGACGACGACCUCAACAAGAGUCUCGAGUACUACUGCGAGCGCAUGUUCGAGGACAGCGAGGACGAAAUCACUGCGCUGUACCAGCAGCGGCCGCACGACGACGUCAUGCCCGACGCCGAGCACGCGAUCUGCUUCAACCACACCAAGUACUGCGAGCCCUGGAUGCUGCCCACGCCCGAGGACACCACCUGGACGUCCGAGAUGGAGGCCGAGUAUGUCAAGAUCCACGGACCGGACCCUUACGGUUUCGGAGGCGCACCUCCGCCCUCCGCCGCGCCCGACCUCGGCGAUCUGCCCGACCUGGGCGACCUGCCCGACCUGGAGGCGGAGCCCGACCACGACCUCGGCGAGGACGACUUGGAGGCGGAGGGCCGCGAAGACCUGUAGCCCGGCAGGCAGACAUUCCUGCGCCCUUUUUUACUUACUGUCUUAUUUGUUAAGUUUAGUACGUUUACUUGUUACUGUUUCGGAACUUUGGCUCCGAAUUCAUGUGUUUUCAUUUAGUUACAAAUGUUUGACUUGAGACUGGAGAUUUUAUUACAUGACAUGAUGAUUGUUGUAUGACAUGACCUUACGUUACACCACUUGUGAUAGUCCUCGGUUGUGACCUGUCCCCCGCACCCACCACACCCCCCGCACCAUCCGCACCCACCACA